UUAUGGUCUUCUACUCCCUAGCCCCCCAAUGAACAGCAAGUGAUAUCUGGCAUUGAAACGAAUCAACUUCUAGGAAUGACGGCUAAACAAAUGGAACAAGUUCAGAAGAAAUUGGCGAUGCUCAACUAUCCAAGAGCCAAUGCUCCUGCACAAGCGCUCCUUUUCGCCGGCAUGGAACGCUAUGCCCUUCUUGAAUGGCUCUUCUUCAAGCUGUUGGGCGACAAAUCCCCAUUCUCACAGCAGAAUUUACAAGGGGAUGAGGAGACCUCUCGCAUUCAAUAUUUGGCAGAGAUUGCAAAGUUCCUGGGUAUAACUACUACCGUGGACACAGAUGCCAUACAAGGGCGAGGAAGCUAUGAAGAUCGUACUGAAAUGCUGCGCCUGAUUGUUGAUCUUGUGGAGGCAAGUUUGUAUGCUGAUAAUCCUAAAUGGAGUGUUGAUGAACAGGUAAGUAAGGACAUUCAGCUAAUUGAUGCCAUAUCCGAAAAACAAGCACAAAUCUUUUCUGAAGAGUGCAAGUUGUUUCCUGCAGAUGUUCAGAUCCAAUCCAUAUAUCCGUUGCCUGAAAUUGGCGAUUUGGAGAAGCAGCUCUCAGAUCAGUCUAACAGACUUGUUAGUAUUCAGGAGAUGGUUGAUGAUUUAGCAUCAAAGCAUCCAUAUAACCCGGAUGAGGAGUACGUGGAAGUUGAAGCAAUAUUACGGGCCCAUUUAGAAACCUUCCUAGAAACUGCUAAAUCCUUCAAUACAAUUUAUAACAAGGAAAUACGUCCCUGGACACACAUGAUGGAGGUACCACAAUUGCAUGGAUUUGGGCCAGCGGCCAAUAGAUUGCUGGAAGCAUAUAAGAUGCUUUGGAAGUUCCUAGGUAACUUGAAGAACCUAAGGGACUCUCAUGCAGCUGUGGCGGUGGGGUCAUUGACAGAAACAGUUGGGGGAGAGCCAUCUUCUGUCACCAGAAUAAUCUCAGAAUGUGAAACUGCCUUGACUCUUCUUAACCGCGACCUCUCCAUUCUCUCUGCUUCCAUUGCUCGCGAGCAAGGUGUUGAUGACUCAUGAGCCCAGGAAGAGAAAAGAGGAAAAUGUUACCAAUCAAAGCAAUUUGUCCUGUUUCAAAAUUUUCUUAUUCUUUUUAAUUUUUGUGGGCAAUACUCUGUAUAAGUUGAUCAGCCUUAAUCUAACCUACUUUUUAAACACUUUUAAGGGAAUUAAUAUUCUUUUUCAUUUUGUGUGUGUGGGGCCAUUGGGCAACAAUGUUUUAU